AUGUCUACUCCUGUCGGCACAGAUGCUGAGGGCCAGGUGAAGUUCCUCGUGAACUGUAUCCGCUUUUCCAACAACGGAAGAGUCGACUUUGAGGCUGUUGCCACUGAGUGCAACAUCGCCUCGAAGGGUGCAGCUGCCAAGCGAUUCUCUCGCCUGCUUCAGCAGCAUGGCAUGAAGGCUAGUGAUCUGGCCAAGCCCGGACCUGCUGGCACCGCGUCUCCUGCCCAGACUCCCACCGGAGGAACUCCCAAGACCCCCGCCAAGAGCACCACCAAGGCAACCCCGAAGACCAAGUCUGCCGGAAAGCGCACCGCCGCCGCGGCUUCACCCAGCACCAACACCAAGCGCGCCAAGCUUGCUGCCUCGCACCCCGCUGUCUCGUCCUACAAUGACGAAGACGAUGAGGAGGACCAAGAGGAGUUCAAGGUCAAGAAGGAGGAGUCCCACUCCGCUUCCGCCGCUACCGGUUCGUACUACGAAAACACCCGAGGCCGCGAUCGCGACGACGACGACUUGCAACUUCUCUACGUGGUAGAGAAGACGACCGGUUGCCCCGUCCACGACACCGCCGAAUGCCGAGAUGCUGCCGCCGGUGACGACCAAUUUCAAGUUUAA